AUGGAUCUGAAUGUUUACAGCGCUCUGCAUAUGACACAACUAGCUCGUCCUCAUUUAGCAAAAGCAAAAGGUGAAGUGGUCAAUGUUUCCAGCAUUGCUGGCCAACCAAAAGGAGCCCCUAAAUAUCUUUACUAUGCGAUGGCCAAAGCAGCACUGGACCAGAUGACUCGAGGUUUGGCAAUAGAACUUAUUGCCGAAGGAAUUCGAGUGAAUAGUGUUAGUCCUGGAGCUGUGGUAACGAAAUUCCUCCAACAUACCGGAAUGACAGAUGAACAAGCUGCUGAGUUCUACAAAAAAUUCGCCAGCUCCGCAGAUUCAUUGCCAAUUCGAGAACUCGGUGAACCAAUGGAUAUUGCUAAUGCCAUAGCAUUUUUGGCAGAUCGCAAAGCAUCACGCUAUAUAAUCGGACAAACAUUUAUAAUUGAUGGUGGUACAAUACUCGUUACCGCUUCAAAUGCAGCAGUAUUCAAAGACUAG